AGGUGGCAUCCUUACACAUCAAUCCCAUAUUCACAGUAGGUGAACACUUAGAUAUUGAGAGAUCAUCUUAGAGAAAGAGAGAUUAUGGAGGUUCAAAGCAAUUCAUUAUUUUCCCACCAAUCCCAAGCAGCCAGUGGUGGAAAAAGCAUUCCUGAAAAUGAUGCUUAUUUGAAAAAAGUUGUUAUUGCUGCGGAAGAGAAACUAAAGGAAGAAAUUGCCAAGAAUUUCGACAUCACCAAGCUUUUUAAUUCCUCGAAAUCAAUUCGCAUCGCAGAUGUAGGAUGUUCUAGUGGAUCAACCACGGUUCUUGCGGUGGAGAACAUCAUCGACGCCAUAAAAUCCAAAUACAAAUCACAAGGACUAGUCGAAGAUCAAACGCCGGAAUUCGAAGUGUUCUUCAACGAUCUCGAAUCCAAUGAUUUCAACACGCUUUUCACAUUCCUACCUCCGAACAGGGAAUAUUUUGCGGCUGCACUGCCGGGGUCUUUCUACAAACCUUUACUUCCAAAGCAAUCUAUUCAUAUCGUUCACUCCUCUAGUUCACUCAACUGGCUCUCCGAAAUUCCCAAAGAGGUGAGGGACCCAAAUUCGCCGGCAUUUAACAAAGGAAAAAUCCAUUACGUGAAUGCUCAUAAGGAUGUGAUGGAGGCCUAUGCAGCUCAAUAUGACAAGGAUUGGAACACUUUUCUUUGUGCUAGAGCUCAAGAUGUUGUGGUUGGAGGUCUAAUGGCACUUUCUGUUCCUGCAGUUUCAGAUGUCAAACUCAGCUUAGACACCCAUACUGGUAGAAAUUUCCUCAUUUUGGAAUCUUGCCUUACUGACAUGACCAAGUUGGGAGUAAUAAGCGAAGAACAAUUGGACUCUUUCAAUCUGGGGUUAUACCAUUCAAGUCCAGAAGAAUUGAUUGAAAUCAUAGAAAGAAAUGGGAUGUUUAGCAUAGAAAGCAUGGCAAAAAUAGUGGAUGGUUUUAACGCCAAAGCCACUCCGGUCGAAAAGCGAGCUUUGGUAUUGAAAGCUGGAAUUGGAGGUAUAUUCAAACGCCAUUUCCGAAAUGAUGAGAUAAUUGAUGAGGUUUUUGAUCGUUUUGCCAAGAAAGUUACUGAUUCUCCACUCAACUUGCAAUGUACGGAUCACAAAAUGGUCAUCUUUCUCCUUCUUAAGAGGAAGCCAUAAAUGAGUACGUUUUGGCGACCCUACAUAGAUCAAACUUUGAUGAAUAACAAUUAUGUUUAGUUAAGUAGAUUUCAUACAUGGUUGUGUUUUGUAUUUGAACAAUGUUUUGAUGAAUUAUAUAUUAAAGAAAUAAAGGUUUUUGUUUUCUUUAAUAAAUAAAGGGGUUGGUUAUAUGUGUUAAUCCAAUGUAAUCAUUUUGAGUGCAAGAUAUGUCAAUU